AUGUCAUUUGCAACGUCCCAUUGGACAGAGAUCAAAGCGGGGUGCCACGUGGACGCGGUCAAGGUCAGGUCGAGAUUCAUCCGACAAGUCUUCACCUUUCCUUCUAUCGCAUGUAUCUCGUUCUUUCCCUAUCAACACCUCAAUCCAUUCAACCUGCCGCUUCCGCCUUCGCCUCGCCUCAACAGUUUAUCCGCCCAUUUUCUCACUUACAACAACAAAACUACAGAGCCUGUCGCCCCCUUCAACGACGACAUCUAUUUGUACCUUUCUCUGCAUUAUCAGAUGGAGAGCAGUCAUGUCGACCCGCCCACAAGAAAGAUCCUAAGUCGCUGGGAUAUUUCGAAUCUCCAUGAAAUUUUAGGUUCCGACCGGUCGCCCAAGCAGUUCAGUAAUCAUCUCCGCCACAGCCUCGCCAUUCUGGCGCAGGAAACAUCACUCGACCAAGCCCGGUCAUGGCUGGCCACCGAAAUCGAGACUCGCCAAAACGAUUCGUACCGGAACCGGGGGCCGCCACGGAAUUUCCUUACCCACGGUGAUGUCAAAGGGGUCCUUCAGGCACAUUUCCCUCACCGAGAUCCAGCUACCAGAGCAAGAUCUUCUUCGGUGCAGAUCCAAUCGCCCAAUGCGACACAACCAGUCAGACCAUCAGGCGUAGACCGUCUUCAGACACUUGCGGCCGCUGCUGCCUCGUCAGAAGCGCAGCAAACGACACCCCGAUCAACUCGCCGGCAGUCAGUGCAAAGUUGGAGUACGGAGCCUGCAGAGAACCGGCAACAAUCAACACCCCAUGAUCAAAGGCGAAUUCGAGACACAAUCACAGUGCAAGAGACCCCCUGUCCUCGAUCAUCUUCCAGAAUGUCUCCUCUCAUUAGCCCCACGGACUCGCAAGGUCGGCCCGCGAGCCUGCUGUCCAAGUACAAAAGGAAGAAGGCGACUAUGCUCGCGGAGCUCUCAGAAGAUAUACACGAGCUAGACCUGCGACUCAAAGUCGCUCAAUCUAAUCGCAAAUUCGCCGAACACGUCGAGAACAAAGCGCGCAACGAAUUACAAAGGUUACAGCUUGUUGAACAAGACGUUCCUUCCGAAAGACAAAUCGACGCGAAUAUUCGAGACAGGCUACUCUUGCAGACCGCUCUCAAAGAAUUCACAGAGAAGCAUCGAGUCUUGAUCGAAGGGAGGCAUCCGCAGGGGUCAAAUGAGAAUAAAAACGCAGAUGACAGCCAACUAUCUGAGGAGCCCUUGGAGGAUCACCAAAGUGGAUCUGUGGCUUUUCACAUGGAAAAGGCCGCGGCAAAGAUAGUUGAGGAAGUAAGGCAAUUAGAGGAGGAUAAGUUGGCAAUCAAGAAAAUGAAACAAGCCGCUGCUGAUGCAGUGAAGGCUGCUGUGGAGGAGUUGUCGAGGAGGAGAGAUGAGGCGCGCGCUAUGGCUGAUCUUGCAGAGGCGUUAGAGGAGGAGUACAAUGAUGCGGUUGCGGAAAAGACGUCCUUGGAGGUUUGA